AUGCUUGACCCCAACCCUGAAACUAGAAUCACUAUUGCAAGAAUCAGGGAAUGCUCUUGGAACAGGAAAGGACUGUUUGGAGAUGUGUAUGACAAGCAAGAAUCUAGAUUCACAUCUGAGAAACCUGCUUAUGUGAUAAUAUCUAAGCUAGAGGAAGUGGCACAGCGAUUGAAACUGAGCAAAAGAAAGCGUGAAGCAGAUUUGUUCAAAUUGGAAAGUUUAAAGGAAGGAAGAAAAGGAGUCAUGUUGAAGGAUGCGGAGAUAUUCCAAGUGAUGCCAACAUUUCAGAUGGUGGAAACGAAGAAAUCUAAUGGAGAUACUCUGGAGUAUCAAAAAUUAGUAAUAGAGGAUCUUAGGCCUGCUCUGGCAGAUAUUGUGUGGGUUUGGCAGAGCGAUAAAGACGAACAAGACGAACAGUUAUUGCCUACUUCAAAGCAAGAGACAGAGCAACAUGAAGAGCUAUUGUCGAUUUUGAAUUUUGAAUAUAUAUAUAUAUUUUUUGUGUGUGUGUGUUUAGUAGCAUUUGAGCACAAUGCUCAUUGA